AAAUAAAAUAAAAAUAUAAUAAGGUACCAGAAAAAAUUUUAAAUAAAAAAAAUAAAAAACAAAGCACACACCUCACCUGGAAGCUAACACCUUCUCAUCAUUCAUUCAUUCAUACAAUAAACGACGAACCGUUUCAGAGAUCGAUAUGGGUUUCGUUGUAACCUCGCUGAUUUUCCUUGUCGUCGGAAUCAUUGCAUCCCUUUCUACCAGAAUUUGCUUCAACAAAGGGCCUUCUUCUAAUCUAUUUCACCUCACUUUGGUCCUUACUUCAACAAUAUGCUGCUGGAUGAUGUGGGCGAUUGUAUAUCUUGCACAGAUGAACCCACUCAUAGUUCCCAUCUUGAGUGAUGGCGAAUAAAAUUUUGUACAAACAAAUGUAAAUUCCUCAAGUAGGGUUACAAAUCACAAGUUGGCUGCUUGAGAGAAUGUGGUUUCAGCUCUGGUUAGUCAUUCAAUAUUGGUGGUGUUUCAAUUGAAUUUUCCUUUGCUGUGUGACAUUACCCAUGUAAGUUACAAUUGAUGUUGUAUUAAGUUCAGAAAUUAUUAAAUAGUGGGGGUAUAUAUAUUGAGGAAAUAAGUUGAUGAAAGGAGAUUAUUUGGUUUCUGUAUUAUAUGAAGAAAAUAAGUGAUGAGACUCUUGGUGUAUGAUUCUACAAAAAAGAAUGAGCUAAGCUCGUGCUAUUAGCGAGUGCUAUUAGCGAAUAAAUUAUUUCGAUUAUUCUUAUCA